AUGUUAAUAGUUUUAAAACUAAUUUUCAAAUUCAAAACAAAUCGAAUCUUCAGUACAAUUUCCUGAUUUCUUGGUCAUUUUUCUUAUCUAAAAUACACUGAAAUGAGUUUAUUAGAAAUUGAAGAGUUGAGGAAUGCACUUGAAGAAAAAAUUAGCCUAGGCGAGGAAUUAAUUGCUAGGAUAUCACACUUGGCUAAUAUUGAAGGCAUUGGCAAACUGCACAAGAAAGUCAAACAGGAAAUUAAUUUUUUACAAAAGGUUAUCUCUAAAUCGCCUAAAAAGGAGCAUUUGAUGUGCACAAACUUGCACCAUUUCACUGCCCUCGUCAUCUACAUGGAGAGUCAUUACGCAGACUGUGUCUCUACCUUGCAAAAUUUUCACUACCGCAACACUGAAGAGGAUUUAGAAAAUGGAGAAAUCGCGUUUGGGGCAUCUCCUCAGCCCUGCAAAAUCACAGUUGAUGUUGUAACACACAAAAGACAGAUUUGGGUUAAGGUUAUUGCCAGGAAUCCUAGAGCUUUAACCCAACUUUCUGCAGGAGCUGGAAAGUAUGGGCAAAAGUCUAUUCUGGACCAAGCCGAUCUGUUCGUUAGUUGUGCCAAGAAGAAUCCCGUACUUUAUUGCCCACCUAAAGUCAUCUUUUAUUUCUCCAACGGCAUUGAAGAAAAUCUGGCACGGCACCUUGAAGCUAAGGAAGUGAUAGUCGAGGGAACCAGGAUUACCGAUUGCAGCUGGCAAGAGGCCUCUGAUGACGAAGAGGAAGAUGAAGAAGAAGCAAGCAGUAGUGAUGAAGAAAAUGCAGAACGAGUCUCUUCAAAAGUUGAAAAGGCAGAAAAUAACAGUAGAACUAUCAAUCGCUUAAAUUUGGAUGUGAGCACAAUGGUUGCCUAUGUGUCAGCAUUGACAAACGGAAGAAAUUGUUACCAAUACAAGCAGCCGUUACUAAUGCAGCAGGCUGAAUGGGAGAGAGCAAGACCUGUCAAACCAGUAUUGGACAAGCUGUUUGAAGGGAAAGAACUGUUCUGUUGCAAGUCUGCUGAAAGAGAUUUUAUGAAAAUUGUCAACACAAUGGCCGGUCCUGGAGAAAAAGAAAGAGCAAAGGCUCUCAUGACAAGGGUGGUCGUAGUACCUGACGAGCUUCCGCCUAGAGUUGCUGCUCUCAUAUUGAGUGCUAAGGUGAAAAGCCGGUCGCAGAUUGUUUUUGGGACAGGAGAUGCCCUGAAAGCUGUUACUGUAUCUGCAAAUGAAGGUUUCGUCAGAGGCGCCCAAAAUCAGGGAGUAGACUUUGUUGUUUACCUCCAUGAAUCGCGAGCUCUCACUGAAGCCAAAGAGCAAUCAGCUUGUCCCUCUGGUGAGGAUGUCAUGAUGCUUAACUGAGUGUCUAAAGACUGAAACUCCAAAAUCAUUGAUAUGUCAUAAAAAAAUUGUGAUACAUCCAAAAUUUUGCUUUGCAGAAACUUUGUAAUUAAUUUAAUUUGAAAUCAUGAGAUUCUUGCGCAUAUUUUAUACAAAGCACCUUUAUAUUCUUAUUAUUUGAUUUACCGGCUGAAAAUUAAUGCCAAUUAUUAUUUACUAUAAUUUGUUUGUUAUUUUAGAUCAACUUAUACUUUUAAAUAUUUUUGCUUGGAUUCACCAAUAAAAUUUUGCAUCAUGUCUUACAUUAUU